AUGAAUGCGUGUCAAGGCCUACGAGUGCGUGCCAAGGCCUACGAGUGCGUGUCAAGGCCUACAAAUGCGUGUCAAGGCCUACGAAUGAGAGUCGAGGCCUAUGAAUGCGUGUCAAGGCCUACGAAUGCGUGUCAAGGCCCACGAAUGAGUAUCAAGGCCUACGAGUGCGUGUCAAGGUCUACGAGCCUACGAGUGCGUGCCAAGGCCUACGAGUGCGUGUCAAGGCCUACGAAUGCGUGUCAAGGCCUACGAAUGAGAGUCGAGGCCUAUGAAUGCGUGUCAAGGCCUACGAAUGCGUGUCAAGGCCCACGAAUGAGUAUCAAGGCCUACGAGUGCGUGUCAAGGUCUACGAGUGAGUGUCAAGGCCUACGAGCCCACGAGUGCGUGUCAAGGCCCACGAGUGCGUGUCAAGGCCUAGGCCUACGAGUGCGUGUCAAGGCCUACGAGCCUAUGAAUGCGUGUCAAGGCCCACGAGUGCGUGUCAAGGCCUACGAGUGCGUGUCAAGGCCCUCGAAUGAGUGUCAAGGGCCUACGAGUGCGUGUCAAGGCCUACGAGUGCGUGUCAAGGCCUACGAGUGGCGUGUCAAGGCCUACGAGCCCACGAGUGCGUGUCAAGGCCUACGAGUGCGUGUCAAGGCCUAUGAAUGCGUGUCAAGGCCUACGAGUGCGUGUCAAGGCCUACGAGUGCGUGUCAAGGCCUACGAGUGCGUGUCAAGGCCUACGAGUGCGUGUCAAGGCCUACGAAUGCCUGUCAAGGCCUACGAGUGCGUGUCAAGGCCUACGAAUGAGUGUCAAGGCCUACGAGUGCGUGUCAAGGCCUACGAGUGCGUGUCAAGGCCUACGAAUGAGAGUCAAGGCCUACGAAUGAGAGUCAAGGCCUAUGAAUGCGUGUCAAGGCCUACGAAUGCGUGUCAAGGCCCACGAAUGAGUGUCAAGGCCUAUGAAUGCGUGUCAAGGCCUACGAGCCUACGAGUGCGUGUCAAGGCCUACGAGUGCGUGUCAAGGCCUACGAAUGAGUGUCAAGGACUACGAAUGAGUGUCAAGGCCUACGAGUGCGUGUCAAGGCCUACGAGCCUACGAGUGCGUGUCAAGGCCUACGAGUGCGUGUCAAGGCCUACGAAUGCGUGUCAAGGCCUACGAGUGCGUGUCAAGGCCUACGAAUGA